AUGUGCGGCACCGAUCAGUGCGGUAUGGACCACAUCGAGGCCCCCGCCAUCCCCAAGGAUGCCCAGAAGAAGAUCGCCCACCUCCAGGAGGAGUUCAUCCGUGCUGAGGUUGAGCAGCUGCGCAAGUCUGUCCCCAUCCUGCAGCCUCUGUUCAAGAAGCGCAACGAGAUCAUCAGCCUCCCCGAGGUCCAGAGCGACUUCUGGAUCCGCGUCUUCUCCAGCGCCCCCGCUGAGAUCGAUGAGUACAUCCUGCCCACCGAUGCCGCCGUCCUCGGCGCUGCCCUGAAGAACAUGACCGUCGAGCGCUUCGAGGUCGACGCUCAGGGUAACGGCGAGCCCCGCUCUCUGCGUUUCACCUUCGACUUCCAGUCCGGCGAGGAGAACCCUUUCUUCGAGAACUCUCAGCUCGUUAAGGAGUUCUACUGGCGCAAGCAGAUCAUCCGCACCUCCAAGGGCAAGCGCCUGACUUGGGAGGGCCUGGUCUCCGACCCCGUCCGCAUCAACUGGAAGAAGGACAUGGACUUGACCAAGGGUCUGCUCGAUGCUGCCUGCGACUUGUUCGAUGCCGAGAAGAAGGGUGGUGACCGCAAGAAGCUCCCCCAGUACGAGGCUCUCGUCAAGAAGAUUGCCGAGGUCGAGGCUGAGGAGGAUGAGGAGGACAUGGACGAGGAUGACGAGGACGAGGACCCCGAGAGCCCUGCCGGCUCCAGCUUCUUCGCUUUCUUCGGUUACCGUGGCCGUGAUGUCUCCGCCGCUAUCUCCAAGAUGUCCAACAAGGAGGACGAUGAGCGUUUCGCCAAGAUCCUCAAGGGUGAGGAGGUUGAGGGUGACGAUGACUCUGAUGAUGAGGAUGAUGACAUUGAGGAGGAGCUCGCUGAUGACCUCGAGGAUGCCGAGAUCUUCCCCAGCGGUGAGGAGCUCGCUAUCUCUCUCGCUGAGGACCUCUGGACCGACGCCAUGAAGUACUAUGUUGAGUCUUUCCGUCUGGGCGAUGAGCUUGACAUGGAGGACCUCGACAUGGACGAGAUUGAUGCCAUGGAUGAGGAGGAGGACUCUGGUGAGGGCGAGUCGCGCCCUUCCAAGAAGGCCCGCAACUAA